UAUUCAUCAGAUGGUAUACUUAACGAGCCAAAAGAUACCAGAUAUAUAGAAAAAAUUGCUAAGUUAUUUGGAUUAGACGAGCAGAAUAUAGAAGUAUAUAAAGCGCUUUUUGGACAGAUUUGGGAGCUCGAAAAAAAAUUGGAAGAUUAUUAUUCCAAAUAUGAAAAGCUUAAAAGGAGGGUCAAUUUAUUAAAAGCUGAAAUAGAAGAUUUAGACGAAUGUGUAGAUAAAGAAACUUUAGUCGACUUAAUACAAGAAAUGGUUUCAUCACUAAUUAUUAGAAAAUAUAAGAAGAGAGAUUUACUUUGUGAGCCUCUAAAUAGAUCUGACUCUAGUUUAUCUGACUCUAGUUUAUCUGAAGAUUCUGAAAUGGUUAAAUGCUACUAUCCUAAAAAGAAGGUACCACAGAGGAAUCAGGAAAGAGAUGUGAAUCUUGAAUGGUCUAAAAGAAUAAUUCUUACAGAUAUUCAAUUUGGGGUUGAUAUGGGCGCUAAUGCAAAUUACAUUAGUAGAAAAAAUGUGAAAAUAGUAUACGCAAAAGACAAUAGUAUUCCUAGAGUAAACGGGUUUCUAG